UCAAUAUCGAUACUUUUUUAGUUGGGGAGGGUCUGACGAAGACUAGUGACACGCAAAGUUGUUCACAAACGGAAGUAGAAGGUCAGAUGAACACCAAUGAGGUUCAAGAACAGGUUCCAGAGGUAAUAGAAUUGGAAGAUUCUAUAGAUGACAACAGACAAGACAACGCAUCUAAAGAACAAGAAGUAGAGACUGAAUGUCUGGAUAACAGCAUAAAUGAAAUUAAGAAAAUACAAGCUGAAUACUUCAAAGAAGAAGUAAAUGGUAAAGAAACAAGUCUCAGUCGUAAUUUGGGAGUGUUCAAGGACGUUGACGGAAUUUUACGAUGUAAGGGUAGGCUUCAAUAUGCUGAAUGGUCUUUCGACAAACGGUACCCCAUACUUAUACCUAAAGGUUGUGAUUUCACUGAUAAAAUUAUAAGAAAAACACAUGAAAAGAACUAUCAUGUGGGUGUCAAUCAUACUCUGAGCCUGAUUCGUCAGAAGUACUGGAUACCACAAGGCAAACGUGAAGUUCGAAAGAAGUUGGAAAAAUGUCCACGUUGCGUGAAACAUGGAGGUGGACCAUUCAAAGCACCACACAUACCUGCAUUACCACAUGAAAGGGUAAAUUAUAGCAAACCAUUUACAUUUACUGGUAUUGACUAUCUGGGACCAGUGUUAGUUAAAACAGAAGGAGGAACGAGCAAAAGAUGGAUAUGCUUAUUAACAUGUUUGGCAGUUAGAGCAGUACACUUAGAAGUGGUAGACGAUUUGUCAGCUGAAGAAGGUUUACUCGCUCUGAGGCGAAUGAUUGCGACCAGAGGAGUACCAACUCUAAUUACAUCAGAUAACGCAUUACAUUUCAAAUUAAUAGCUGAUAUAGUUUCCAAUGCAUACUGUGUUAAAAAUAAAAUAAAAUGGCGAUUCAUACCUGAACUCGCACCUUGGUAUGGAGGAUUUUACGAACGGCUCGUAGGACUCGUAAAACAUUGUAUGCGAAGAACACUUCAAAAGCAUCUUUUAAAGGAUAAUCAACUUGCAACAAUAGUUAAGGAAAUAGAAGCAAUAAUAAACACCAGACCAUUGACAGCCGUAGAUUCAGAGCUAGAACAUGUCCUGACACCUGCGGAUUUUCUACAAAUGGAUAGAUGUAUCAGUGUAGAAACAGCAUCAGAUAACAUUCCAUUGCAAGGGACAUCGACAAAGACCAACUUAGUCCAGGGCUGGAGAAGAGCUCGUAUACUGUUAGAAGAAUUUAAAGAAAUGUUUAGUAAUCGCUACUUACCGAGCUUACGUGAGAGAUACAGUCACUCGCUCAAACAACCACGUGUGACUUCAAAACUUAUCCCAAAAGAAGGCCAGUUGGUUCAGUUGAAAGGAGAUAAAAAUCGUGAAGGCUGGAAAGUAGGUAAAAUAGUUUCUUUAAUUAAGAGUUCUGAUGGUUUAACGAGAGUGGCUCAAGUGAAAGUAGGAGACACUAUAUUUACUCGUUCUAUUGCUCACUUAUAUCCGCUUGAAGUAGAAGACGGUGUCCAAUGGGAACCAAUACUUCAAGAUGCAAAACAAUAUUCUGAAGUCCAAAAAUUAUCUAAUGAAGUUUCCAAAGAGUUGGUAACUGCACCAGAUACUGUUAUAAUAGAAUCGGUGAACGCACAAAAGGAAACGUUAAAUGAUAAUGACAUUGAAAUGAGACAAAUUGAAAACAUAGAUGAGACGGAAAAUACAGCAGAUGUUGCAAAUAAUGAAGUAGACAUAGAGACUGAGAGCAUGGAAAAGGAUAGAGUUGUAAAUGAUCUGAGAGAUGAUUCUGAUGUGAGGGACAAAUAUUUGAUGACAACGAAUGAGGAUACGGAAGAACGAUCCGAAGACAUUGGUCACAAGCGAGUUGCAGCGGUCCGAGCCCUUGAAAAGAUAAGGGAAUGGACGCGCAAUUUGCUUACCUUGUUGUAAUCAACCGUUCUCGGCGGGAGUGUCGCGGAAACCGCGAAUGUAAAUAUUGUAUAUAGCAACACCGAUACUCUAUGAUGGUGACACGGUUGCACACUAGCCUGUCAAGGACAGUGGUUUCCAGUGGCUGGUACAUCGGUCACUUACAAGUGGCAGGAUUGAAGGUG